CGCACUCACAGGUCGACUUCUUUCCGGAAAACGUUUAAAUUUAGGGGCAUCGAUAACACAAGGAUCGCAAAAUACCGGGCAGAGAUCCUGGGUACAUGAAGCUCCAUCACAGAGGCCGGCGAACGUCCCUGGAAACUUUUGCGCUUCUGAAGGAAGUUGGAAUGGCUUGGCUGAUGGCCUCCCAAAGCCACCCUACGCACCAAGCCUACUGAAUAAGGGGCCCAUCCCCAGUAACCAGAAGCACUGGAUCAUGGUACAACUCGCGCUUAAAUUUCACUUCAGCAUGCUUCAUGUUGAGUGUCUUCGCGAGGCGGAGAAGCAUUUGGCGGUAUGUAUAGGUGCGAACACAGAAGAGCGUCGCCGCAGUCGAGCGGCACUGCGGCUGCAGACGGUGCUGGUGGCCGCCCAGGAGAUAGGAGACGAAAAACUGCAAGUUGUUCAGAUUCUGCAAGACCUCAUUGACAACAAACAAAGAUCGCUGGAUGCUGAUCACAAAAAACUGAUAUCGUGUCUUGAUGUUAAUACAAAUGGCACAACAAAAGAAGAGCCUGCCCCAGCACCAGAGACACUGCGGAGUGUGGAGAAGGAACCGGCCGUCCCCGUAGCAACACCACAACAUGUGCCGCCCCCACCACCACCAGAACGCACCAAUGAGAAGGAGAAAGAAAAAGUGGAUAGAGACAAGUCUGGAGGUGAGAGAUGGUCAAAACGCGCUCGUCGAUCGCGCACAACAGCGGGAGCCGCUACCGACGGAGCUGACUCUAGCGAGCGAGAUAGCGAGAGGCACACGCAUAAUACCACUCACAAGAAAGGUAUAGGCAAAAAGAAAAAGCGCAAAGCGCGCCAGGCAGCCCAGCGAUCAGAGACGCCGCCGGAAGAGACAGACGCCAUCGACCCGGACGAGCCGCGGUACUGCCUCUGCGACCAGAUCUCCUUCGGCGAGAUGAUCCUCUGCGACAACGACCUCUGCCCCAUCGAGUGGUUCCACUUCUCCUGCGUGUCACUUACCACCAAGCCCAAGGGCAAGUGGUUCUGUCCCAAGUGCCGCGGCGACCGGCCCAACGUCAUGAAACCCAAGGGACAGUUCCUUAAAGAAUUAGAACGGUAUAACAGGGAGAAAGAAGAGAAGGCAUAGUUAAUAGGCGCCGUAGAUAUAAGGUUCGAGUGGAUUCGAAAUUAGUGAAUACAACCGCAAUAUACGAUGGUGCUUGUGGUAGAUCUAUUGUGAUUUUAUCUAUAACCAUCAUUUUGAGAUGGUUAUGUGUGCUCAGACAGAGACAUAUAAUUUUUAGCUAAUUAUAAAUUUUAUCUCAAAUGAAACAGAUCAAAAAGUAUUCACUCGUUUCCAGUCCAUGUACAGGCAUCUCGCCUGGAACACUUUCAAGUAUUGAAAUGUGAUUUAAAUUUUAUGAAUUAUCAGUUUGUUCUGCUGUGACGUGUGGUUGUAACAGAGUGUUACACGUUAUUGUUUGAGAUAUGAUUAGUUGAAUCUCCACAUCACAGGAUAUGCAUAGAAGUCAUCGAAUCUAUUUGUUGUUAAUUUACUAUCCGCGAUUUGACAUGAUGUUGUAAAUAUAGUUAUGUGACGGUCAAACACGGAACCCCUAAGUACAGUACAGCAUAACUUAAGUUACGCGUUACGGCAUCUAUUAUACAGAAAACAAUGUUCUUUAUGAUAGGUUGUUGUGAACAGAUUUAAUUUCUUACAUUAAAUAAGUUAUAUUGAAUAUAAGGAUUAAUAAAUAAUAAAUAA